AUAAAAACAUUGCUUUACGAGAAUCAGCCUUAAGGGAUAGGCUCGCACUGUGAAACUGUGUAAAACGUUGAUAUGAUUUAAGAAUUGUUGGAAAGAAUAGAAUUUAUUUAUAAAGUAUUGUAAGAUAUAACAUAUUGACGUAAACUGUUGCAGUAAAAUCCAAGUGUUUAACAGAAUAUCCUGUUGUUCACGAUUGUUAUGGAUAUGGUGAUCACGAAUUUGCAACAACAACGUCACACUACGGAGCAAUUGCGUCGUGAAGCAGCUUUGAAGCGAAUCACAGUCAGCAAAGCCGUGGAGGAUAUUAUGAAGUACAUAACGGAGCAUGAACAAGAGGAUUGUCUCUUGGUUGGUUUUUCAUCGCAAAAGUCUAAUCCCUUUCGUGAAAAAAGUUCAUGUACCAUUUUUUAAGCUUGCGUGUUUAAAAUGAAGAGAAGAAUCGUUUAUAUUUCUUAAUUAACUAUUCAAAUUUUAUGACUUCGUCGUGUAAUAUUUUCAUGAAAAAGAAUAGAAAAUUGUCAAUUAUUUUAUUAUUUUCGUGUACGAAAUAUUUGACUUUUGUAAUGGAUAUGUUUAAUUUAUUGUACUAUUAAGUCGACAUUGAAAGUAUUUGCAUCGUUAAUAUUCUGGCUUUCGAUUAAUUGAGUUAAUUUGAUAAAUUAGAGCCGUUAUUAUUGCUUGUAUACGUGAAUGCAUCUAUUUUUGUAUGUAACGAAUGUGUUUGUGAAGAGGAAAAUCUCAGGCACAGUUUGCAAGUCCGAGUUGUUGCCAUUUUGUCAGCCUAAAAAUGCAUAUACACAAAAUAUUUUUCAUAUAUAUAUAUAUAUUCAUAAAACUGAGAGACUAUUUUAUACAGUGUUGAAUUUGUAAAAUUCUUAAGAAAUUAUGUGUACUAAUGGCAACCAAAUAAAUA